UUAGUAAUUCUGACGUCGACGUAUACCGUCACAUUUUAAAAAAAUUUACUCAUACCUUGUAAUGCGCAAAACGCUUUUUUUUCUUUUUUCUUUAGAUUUUACCAGCAAAUGAGGAUUACCUAAUAUCUAAGUGCAAUGUUCGAGAGAAUGGAACCAUAUGACUGGAAACGAAGUCGUAUUCCACGUGAACUCGAAUAUAUGGGAGAUGUUAGUGACACGGAUUAUGAGAUUUACUCUCCGGUAUCAUUGUUUUUCGAAGAACGAGAAAUAAGAAGAACCGUAAUAUAUCAAGGACGGAAACGGAAAGUUUUUGUGGACGAUAACUGUGCAAGUGAACUUUCCACCGAUCAUCUAAGUCCGGGUGUUUUGAAAAUAUUUGGAGAAACAAUUGUACCUGGAGUUGAGUACAAAAGUGUUCUAGCUUCAUUCAGAUCUACUGCCCAGGAGCUUGUGAAACAAGCAUUGGAUAGAUACGAUGUACCUCAAGAAAAACACGUAGAUUAUUUCUUAUGUGAUGUUGUAGGAAAAGUCAAUAACUCUCUAUCUGAAGAAACCGAUCAUAGAAACUCUUCAAAAUGGCAGACAAAAUGCUGCCGAAUGCUGUCGGACCAUGAUCGUCCAUUGCUGUUACAGAACUUUUGGCGCCCAGCAGACGGACUUAGCAGACGUUAUGAACUGCGACGGAAAACUGACUUUUCAAAUUGUAUAGAAGGAGAUGACACAUCAGGAUUAAAUGAAAAUGCUAGGAAAAUUUCAAUAUCAAAGCUUAGACCGGGAGCAAUACCAUAUGAACCACACCAUCAUAGACGAGACAAAUUUUCGGAUGAUUUGAAUAUAAAUGCAAACAUUAGGUCUCAAAGCUGGGUGGCUAAAAAAUAUGAGUGCAAUAAAGUCAUAAACAGUUUAGAUUUAAAUAUUAACCUCGCAUCAAACGGCUUAAGAUCUCCACAGUUGCCACAGAGACAAAAGUUACUCGAGCUACCACCAUCGUCUGUAAAUCAAAGACCUUUUCUUCUCACGAUACGUGGGUUCGAUGUAAAGAAAGAUCCCCUAUGUCAUACUAUUUGUUCCAAAAAUGUCCUCAUAUGCAAUAACAAAACAUCCACAUCAGAUUCUCAAAGGAUAAUUUUGCAUGCUCCAGAUAUACAACCUCGACAUUGCUACCUCCAUUUAAAACGGAUAUCCAAUCCCUCCGAACGCCAAACUUAUAAUUAUACUGUUGAAGUUCAAGGGACACCGACAUCAACUGUUUUUAUAAAUGGCUACCCUGUUACAAAUCGGACAACAUUGCAUGCAGGGGACAUUUUGUCUCUUGGAAAAUAUUACAUCUUUCUUUUUAAAGACUUCUCUCUCGGACACGAUAUACCUCUUCAGUUACCAUGGUUGGGAACUGAUGAUGUUUUUGACGAGUCUUCAAGACAAUUCAGUAGUUCUUUUUCUAAUUCACAAAGGGAUUUUACUUCGGGUCUGCCUCAAAAUGUAGUGCCGCCAUUACCUCUUUCACAAGAGGAUAAUGUGUCAAUUUCGACAAUGGAGUCAACUGGUGAAAGAUUUAGAUUUGCAUAUUCUAGAGAGAAAGAAGAGGAUCUCAUGAAAGCAAUCGGUGCAAUAGUUAAACAAGACUUUUUAGGAUUUCCGUUGGCUCCGGCAUACCUUUACAGUAUGUGUAUUGAAUACUCUUGUAAACGAUUUGAUCUUCAUCACAUUCGGAACCUUCUCCUUCGGAUAUUAGGAGUUGUUCGAGAAAGUGUUGGAGAGAUAUCGAAAUCGUUGUCAGAACAGAAGUUUAACUGUGGACUAGUCAGAAACAAAAGGAAUUCAUCUGUGACAGAAGACUUUUUAAAAUAUGCAGUUAGAUGGAUGUCAAAUUGUGUUCAUUUGAUUCUUUUUCUCAGGAAGCAUAACUUUAAACUUCCAUUUGUUGGACGGAAACUGUCCGACGAUGACCCACAAUCAGCAUUCAGAAAUCUAGCAACAGGUCUUGAGGAAAUUGUUGUGUUUUGCUUCCAACAGGCGAUCUAUGCAAUAACCAAGGCUCUCUAUGGAUUACUUGGAAGUGUUCUGGAUGGAAAUCCUUUCACAGAAAGUGAUACCAUGAGCAAGAGAAAUGGAAUGUCAAAAAUAACAAGUGUUUUCGAUGCUGUGCUUCGCUUGACAACCGCUCAACAACUGCACCAGGACGUACUAAAACAAAUAUUUAUGUAUCUCUUCUUUUUCUGCAGUACCUCUAUCUUCAACAAACUGUUUCAAGAUGAUUCAGGUCCUAUUUACUACAACUGGACUGCAGGUGUCAGAAUACGAACUAACCUUGGCCAGAUUGAAGAUUGGGCUCAAAGAAAUGGCUUUGAAGAAGAAUUUACUCAAGUCUCUGAAAAACUUCUCACUGCUGCAGAAUUCCUUUCUACCUCCAAAUCUUUAUUACUAAAAUUUGACUGGAUGAAACUAAAGACCCAUUUUCAACCAUUAAACGAGGCGCAACUUUAUCAUCUGGUGGGUGGGUAUGAUAAUGGCGAUAAACCACCGCCUCCUUCAUGGUUACCAUCACCAGAAGACAGACAUCAGGCAGACAUGAAAGAAGAUAUACCUUUGGAAAUGACAGCACAUCCGCCAUUUUUGAUUCCACAAGACAAUGGUUGUAUUGACUUGAUGCACCCUCCUGAUGAUUCUAAUUUCUGGAAGAUUUUCAAAGAACUUCAUCCAGUAUAUGGAGUAACUGAAGAUGACAGUGAUAGCGGAUUCAGUCCCUCUAAUACUCCAAGAUUUUCCAGCAACUUUCCUAAAGCUGAACUUCACAAUUCUUUCUUCAAUACUCCUGAUGGUAAUCGUAGUGAUACAGAAGUGUAUAGAGAUUUAAGUCAGAAUGAAGAUACAACCUCUCCAACUGACAUUAGUACUGUAGCCAAAAAACAGUUCUACAAACUUUCAUAUGAAAGUGAUACUAAUUCAACGCCAAAGACUUCCACGCCCUCUUCGCCAAAACAUCCCCCAUCGUCAAGACGACAAGAGUCUAUCAACAGAAGACUUGAUUUGUUAAUCACAAACAAUAAUUUAAACGUUCCUGAAAAUUUUCAAAAUGAUAUUACUCCAAUCGAAGACGCUGCACCACCCCUGCCACCAAGAAGUUACAAGUUUCCUUCGUCACCAACAUCACCACAGCAAUUGACAAAUGGAAGUCUUUCUCUAAGUACUAACAGUAUCAGUCUUAAGAAACAGUUAUCACAUGAACUUGACGAUGAGGAUCCCUUAGGGAGGGAAAAUCUUGCUCAAGUAAAUCGUCAGAUCUACGAAUCACUUGGACAAAUGAGUCCGACAAAUAGCAGACCUCCACUGGUUCCAGUUUUGGGUACUACAGUGAAGUCAGCAAAUAAUCCGGUUUUCUCAGUUGGGAUCACAAAGGGUGAUAAGGGUCUAGGACUUGGCCUGAUAGACGGCCUGUAUACACCUCUAAGACUGGCCGGGAUAUACAUUAGAAAAGUCUUGCCAGGAAGUCCAGCAGCAGAAAUUGGUAAAAUACAAGUUGGCGAUCGUCUGCUAUGUGUGAAUGGUAAAAGUAUAGUUGGUGCUGAUUAUCAAAGUGCUAUGAAAUUGAUACGUGCGGCUGGAGAGCAGUUGACGUUAUUAGUAGCCAAAGGAAACGAGUCCAUUGCCACGAAGAUUUCAUCAUCAAGUUGCUAAAAAGACAGGAUCAUUUUUAAAUGUGUGCACAUACAGUUUGAUGUAUAAUAUUUAAAUUUAAAUGUAAUAUCUUCUAUUUAUAAACGUUUAUUACAUCAUUUUUGAACGUUCAAGAAUUUAAUUUCAUUCAUCAGGUAUCAUGUAAGAUGUUAAAAGAAUUUUAGAUUGAUAAGAUAAUCUGUUCUUUUUUUAUAUUUCAAAUUAUUCUUAUUUUUGAAAGAUUUUUUUUUGAAUAUUUGAACUUCGUCAAGAUCAUUUUAACCAUCUACCUAAGAAUGAGAUUUCGAUAUGUUUGUUGUCUAAAAAUUCAUAAAAAUGACAAAUCUACGCAUUGUGGAUUCUAAAAUAUGUAUCGUAUGGAAAGACUCGUUAUAAAACAUUAUAACAAUAUACUAUAUAUUAUCUAUGAUUUAUACUAUUUGUGAAUAAAAUUUUGAUAUGUGAUUGUUACA